AUGGAUUCAGAAAUCGUAAAAGGCAAACCUCUUACAAAAGAAGAGACAAAGUCUUUGCUUGGACUAAUAGAAGGUAGCAAAAUAAUAACCACCAAAACAACCAACGCUACAAACAACAAACUCAAAACGGAAGAGUGGAUUCGUUUGGCAGAGGGGUUCAAUGCCACAGCUACGAAUUGUCCGAGAACACCACAGCAGUUGCGUUUGAAGUGGGAAAAUUUAAAAAAGAACUCGCGCAAGCGCAGCACCCAAAUAAGGAUGAACCAAAUUAAGACUCGUGGUGGUCCUGCCGAUUAUAUACCUCCAGAUGACAUAUUAGACCGGGUGACCAGUCUAUUAGGAAGUACAACAGAACAAAUAGUUGAUACAAGUGAAACCACAAUCUCAACACCAUUAUCUAAUAAAAAAGGUAUUGAGACUGUGGCCGCUGACUACCAAGUGUUGGAUCUAGUUGACCAAAAUUUAAUAACUUCUAAUAAAACCAAGAGGCUUACAUUUGGUACACCUAGAGCAGAGAAAAAGAAAUUUAAGCCAGAUGAGAACAGGACAGCCAGGAAUACUGCUAUAGCUGAAUAUUAUUCAGCGAAAAAACAAUGCUUGGAUGCCAAGUUAAAUAAUAUUAACUUAGAAAAUGAAUAUUUAAAACUAAAAAAUGUAGAACUUAAACUGAAUAAUGAAAAGCUAACGUUAGAGACUGAGAAAUUAAAAUUAGAAUUAGAGAGAUUAAUCCUUAAAGGCUACUACGGUGUUUUUACACCCGAGUUACUUAAUUUUGUACCUGUAUCUUUUUUCAGUUUUAACGCAGCGCCUUGA